CCGCGUCGUUCUCCCUCUCUGCGGUGGCGGUCAAGUAGAGUGAGGACACAAUGGAGCGACGAAAAGGUGGCUGCGAUAAGAUCUCAGCUGAUUUGCGUUGCUCUGGUCGAAAACUCCAAGCCAAUCACUUGGCGAGAGAGCACUCUAUCGCGGAGCGAUAACAAUGGAAACAGCACUUUGGAAGCAGGAGGAUCACCCGCUGUGAGCCAUUCACUCUCAGAUAUGCGAAACAACAUUGCUGCUGUUAUUGCGUACUUGUUGAUCAUCACCGUGAAAAGCGACGUGGACGUCCCAUCAUGCAAGGUCCUGGACGUCCAGCCGCUGCAAAUGCCCUUCACAGGCGACGGGCUCAUCAUGGUCGAGCGGAUAGUGAGUCAGCCGACGAUUUUGUGUCCAGAAGACGAAAUCACCGUUGACAACUAUGGCUGCACCUACUGCAACCGGACCGAAACCAUGGCGUGUCAGGGAUCAUCAGUGACAGCGCUGCCAGAACCAAAGGACCUGCCAGAUAUCAAGUUCUCCUUAAGGGUAUUGGGCUCGUGGAUCACAUAUAUCAAGAGACAGGCAUUUUUCGGGAAACAUAUCAAGGAAUUGCACAUAGAAGAUAAUGAGUUUAUCAUGUUUCAUGCAGAAGCCUUCUAUGGACUCUCCGACACCGAGUACUUGUCCCUGGCUAACAACAAUUUAGCACAAAUACCAUGCCAACUGUUGGAUCCUCUCAAGGACCUGGUGACCCUGGUCUUGGAUGACAACGGUAUCGAGUUUCCUAAAGUACCUCCAAACGCUACAACAUGCGAUGAAGAGCAUACACUCCUGACCAAGUUGGAAUAUCUCCUGCUCCAAAACAACAAACUCAAUGAUCUUCCACACAACGCAUUUGAUUGGCUGAACAAAAGUAAACUGCGAUAUAUGUCGCUGAGGGGAUCGAAAAUUAUGUAUGCUCACCCAGAUGCAUUGAAGCCUCUUUUCGAAAAUCUGAAAGGGCUCGAGAUGGCAGACAGUUCAUCUUUGGUUGACACUCUUGCGAACAUCACGGCGGGACUUGUUUACGGAGAAAAGAGCAAGUUGGAAUAUUUGGGUUUAAGCUCUACCGGGCUGAUAGAAAUUCCCAAAAAAGCGCUCUCUAAUGUGGGACAAUCGCUUCUAGGCCUAGCUUUGCAGGGGAACACGUUCCACAGGCUUGACCAAGACUCAUUUCCCGUGAUGGAAGCUUUACAAACGCUCGACUUGCGGCGGUGCUCAAUUUUGGCGCUACUCGGAAAAGCAUUCCAAGGAUUAAAAGCGUUGAAAAAUUUAUACCUCUCUGGUAACCGUUUCAAAAUUUUACAAGACGAGCCGUUCAAAGCUCUUUCCAAACUGGAAUUUUUGGACCUAAGUAAUAAUCCUGACCCUAUUUUAAGUGACCAAGACGCAACGUACAAAAUUAAAAAUCACACUUUCAGCGGUCUUGAGAACCUCAAAAUUCUUAACCUUGCACACUCCCGCAUUAAAUAUAUCGAAAAUGGAACCUUUUAUGACAUGCCUCAACUAACCACGCUCUCUUUAUGCAACACAUUAGUCGAUUUGGGAUCAAAUUUUCUACAGGCAGUGCCCAAUUUGAGGAUUCUCGACCUCAGCAAUAACGAAAAUUUAAAAUUUGAACCAAGUGUGUUCAAAGGACUCGGCAAUCUAGAAAAACUUAGGCUCAUCAACUGCAACAUUGAAUUCAAGCCCGAUUCAGACGUUGACUACUUCAUUCACAUGCCAAACUUAACCGAUCUGCACUUAUCCUACAACAAAAUUUCCACAAUUCCGAAGGACACUUUCCAAUCCCUUCCAGAACUUAAAUCAAUCCACUUGGAUCACAAUCUGCUCGAUUCUUGGACGACGAAAAUAUUCGAGAACAACACAAAACUCGUCCUCAUCGACGUCGACAACAACCAAAUCUGUCAUUUUGCGAAUGAAACGGCCGAGGAGCUAUUAAAGACGGAGCACAUCUCGUUUGAAUAUAACCCUCUACUCUGCGACUGUUCCUUGUACAACUUCGUUCAGGAACUCGUUCAAUCAGACGUUACGGUCUCGCAUUGGUUGGAAGAAGACAACAGCUACUCUUGCUACGACACCGAGAAUGAGCGCAGCCUUCUGAUUGCGCAUUAUUUGCCAAACUGCGCUGUUUUGGAGAACAAAGCACCGCCUGUCGACCCCGACUCAGAUUCUACAGUGGUGGCCAUCAUCUCCGGAUCGGCCAUCGUCGCCAUUUGUCUAAUUAUCGUGCCAGCCGCCACCGUCGUCUACAAGAAACGCAGCAAGCUGCGUUACUUCGGCAUCAUGGUGAAGAACGCUCUGUCCGUGGCGCUGAUGGACGACGACAACGAGGAGAGCCAGGAGGAUGCCAUCUUUAUUUACGACGUCUUCGUGUCCUACUGCGACGCGGACAGAGAAUGGGUGAUCAAGAAGCUGCUGCCUGAGCUUGAACAGGAGAACAACCUGAGGGUUUGUCUGCACGAACGAGACUUCCAGCCGGGAUGCGGCAUCCUGGACAACAUCGUGCACUGCAUCGACAAGAGCCGCUCGCUGAUCAUCGUCGUGUCGAAAAAGUCGCUCAAGAGCCAAUGGUGCCACUUUGAAAUGCACCUGGCGCAGCACAGGUUCAUCGAGACCCGCAAGGAGCAGUUGAUAUUAGUUCUGAUGGAAGAACUGCCGCGUAAGCAGAGGCCCAGGACCUUACACUACUUGAUGGCCACGAGGACCUUCCUCUUGUGGAACGAAAAGCAGAGUGAACUAUUCUGGAAACGGCUGAGGCGAGUGCUUAUUUUAGAAAAAAGCAGGGCAGUUUCGAUUGUUUGAUAUUAAUUAUUUAAGAGACGCACACACGCGCGUGUUUCCCAGCACCAGAGAGUAUUUUCGCCAUUUAAUUAUCUCUAGUACAAGCUCACUAUCAUAUCAUUUACAUGUUCGCUUCUACAUUAUAGAUUAAGUCAUAUACAAAUUUUGUUGUGUUACAGACAAUGGAAUAAAUGUUAUUUUUAUAUAAAA